UCACUGUCCAAGUCACAGCAUCACCAGGGUCACUGAGUGCCAGGCUCAUCCACUCUUUUCAAACACAAUGGAUGGAAAAGCAGAUGUGAAGUCCCUCAUGGCGAAGUUUAACACAGGGAGCAACCCGACAGAGGAGGUCUCCGUCAACAGCAGGCCCUUCAAAGUCACAGGGCAAAACUCCCCUUCAGGAAUACAAGCAAGAAAGAACUUGUUCAACCACCAAGAAAAUGCCAGCCCUCUCACAGGACCCGGCAACGUGCCUAAGUUUGGGACUCCCAAGCCACCACUGGCAGUGAAACCCACUUUUGAGGAAAAGCCUGACAAGGAACCCAAACCCCCAUUUUUAAAGCCUACUGGGGUGGGCCAAAGAUUUGGAACACCGGCAAACUCAGCCACCAGAGACCUUGAAGCAAAAGUGGGAUUUCUGAAGCCUGUAGGCCCCAAGCCCAUCAAUGUGCCCAAAGAAGAUUCUAAACCUGUGUUUCCUCGGUCUCCUGGAAACAAGCCUUCCCUUCAUGGUGGGAACCAAGACCUAGACUUGAAGACACCAGGCCCAAAGCCAGGACCCGCUCCUCCAGCUCAGGACAAUGAACAGAGGCAAGUGUUCCCAAAGCUGGUGGGGACUAAAGGCAAGUUCGCGUCAGUAUCACAAGAUCAUGACCCCAAGGCCCUGUUCCCCAAGCCUGCCUUUGGCCAGAAGCCAUCCCUGAGUGCGGAGGACUCCCACGAGGAUGAGAGCCCCACAAGAAACCUGUCUGCCCAGAAAGGACCCUCACCAUCCCUAGGAGCCAAGUCCAAGAGCGGCCCUUUAAAACCCCCAAGGGAAGACCCUGAAAAUAAAGGCCAUGGGGGUGACACUUCAAGUUCACCGUUUCCUGGGGUGGUCCUGAAACCCACUGCCAGUAGAGGAAGCCCAGGGCUCUCCAAAAAUGGUGAAGAGAAAAAAGAAGAUAGGAAAAUAGAUGCUACUAAGAACAUCUUCCUAAGCAAAGUGAACCAGGAGGAGUCAGGGGCAUCUCCUGCCAAGUUCCCUAAGGCACCUUCCAAGGUGACAGUGGGGGGGCCAUGGGGCCAAAGUCAAGAGAAGGAAAAGGAAGAGAAGAACUCAACAACUCCAAAGCAGAAGCCAUUGCCUCCCCUGUCAGUUUUGGGUCCACCUCCACAAAAACCCAGCAGACCACCAAAUGUGGACCUGACAAGAUUCCAAAAAACUGCUUCUGCAAACAGUACCAGCAAAGGUCAGACGUCUUACUCAACAACUACCCUGCCACCAACUCCACCAUCCCAUCCAGCCAGCCAACCACCAUUGCCAGCAUCUCACCCAGCACAGCCACCAGUCCCAAACCUACCUCCCAGAAAUAUUAAACCUUCCUUUGACCUCAAAAACCCUGUAAAUGAAGAAAAUCAAGAUGGUGUCAUGUACUCUGAUGGUACUGGAACUCUAGAUGAGGAACAAGAAAGUGAAGGAGAAACAUAUGAAGACAUAGAAACAUCCAGAGAAAGAGACAAGAAACGGGAAAAGGAGGAAAAGAAGAGAUUAGAACUAGAAAGAAAGGAACAGAAAGAGAAAGAAAAGAAAGAACAAGAAUUAAAGAAAAAAUUUAAACUAACGGGCCCUAUUCAAGUCAUUCAUCUAGCAAAAGCUUGCUGUGAUGUCAAAGGAGGAAAGAAUGAACUGAGUUUCAAGCAAGGAGAAGAGAUUGAAAUAAUCCGUAUCACAGACAACCCUGAAGGAAAAUGGUUGGGCCGAACAGCAAGGGGGUCAUAUGGCUAUAUUAAAACAACUGCUGUAGAAAUUGACUAUGAUUCCUUGAGACGGAAGAAAUCCUCUCUCAGUGCUCUAUCAUCAAAGCCUGUUGAAGACGACCAAGAAGUAUAUGAUGACGUUGCAGAGCAGGAUACUAGCACCAGUCAUAGUGGAAGUGGAGGGUUCCCACCACCACCACUAGAUGAUGACAUUUAUGAUGGAAUAGAAGAGGAAGAGUCUAAUGAUGGCUCCACACUACAGGUGGAAGAGAAGAGUAGCACGUGGUCCUGGGGGAUUUUGAAGAUGAUAAAGGGAAAAAGUGACAAAAAGAAAAGUAUACGAGAGAAACGUAAAGUCUCUGAGUCAGACAAUGAUGAAGGUUCAUCUUUCCCUUCUCCUCCUAAGCAAUUGGACGUGGGAGAAGAAGUAUAUGAUGAUGUGGAUGCUUCAGAUUUCCCUGCUCCACCAGCAGAAGUGAGUCAAGGAAUCAAUAUUGGAAAACCCAAGACAGAAGAAAAAGACCUGAAGAAGCUAAAAAAGCAGGGAAAAGAAGAAAAAGACCUCAGAAAAAAAUUUAAAUAUGAUGGUGAAAUUAGAGUUUUAUAUUCGACUAAAGUUUCACCCUCCUUAACCUCUAAAAAAUGGGGGACCAGAGAUCUGCAGAUAAAACCUGGCGAAUCUCUUGACGUUAUACAAAACACAGACGAUACAAAAGUUCUCUGCAGGAAUGAAGAAGGAAAAUAUGGUUAUGUCCUUCGGAGUCAUCUGGUAGAUAAUGACGGUGAGAUCUAUGACGAUAUUGCUGAUGGUUGCAUCUAUGACAAUGACUAGCACUUGGUCCUGUUCAUUCUGCCAUAUUCAUUAGUUGCCAACAUGAAGUCUGGAUUUUAAUUGGCAUGUUUUAUUGGGUAUUGUAGAAAAACGAAUGCACAAAACUACUUAUUGUCAUUUGUGAUGAAAUGCUGGAAAUCUUUAUAAAGUUUUGAAUUUAGAAAAUAAUCUACUUAAUUAGUAUCUUAAAAGAUUAUGUUAGUGAGAUGUAAGAAUUAUUAAAUAUCCCAUUUUUGCUUUGUCUGCAAUUGUGAAUGUACUUCUUUUAGACAAUAGAUAAAAUCCAUGAUUCCCUUUACCCUCCCCCCAAAAAAGAAGGAAAAAAGGAAUAUCAUUGAAGAAAUGACUGUCCUGUCCAUAAAGUAACAGAGAAGAAUAAAGAAUGUAAGGAAGAAACUUUUAAAACAAUUCACAAGAAAGAAAACUGUUGUUUGUGUCUCUACUUAUGAUAGUAUCAUAUAUUGUCUAUUCAAAUUGUGUAUCUUUUUAAAAGCCAGAGUUAGCUCCUAUGCUGCUAAUCAGUUAAAUGUUUCCAAAAAUCAUAAUAGAAGCAGAACUUUGGUACAAAGUUUGUCCCUAUUUGUUAAUUACAAAUAUAUGUUAAUUAUUUGAUAAGAACUUUGUGCAUUCAUUAUGUACAUCUAAGAUUAAACUACAGAAGAGCCUAAAAUAAGUUUUCAUUUUUGCAGAUUCAUAUGUUAACAGUUUAAUUCUGUACUCUGUUUAAAGUACUAUUAUAGCUAAAGUAGAUAGGGAAAGGACUACCCUACAGUUUUGAAGAAUCGAAAGAAGGACCUUAAAAAUCACCCACCUUUUCUGGAACCUCUUUACUAGAAAAACUUUUAAAUAUUUUUUUAAUUUUCUUUUCAAUUACCUCUGCAGAACUUAAAAAAAAAAAUGUUUAGCCCUUUACUAGAAAGUUGGCCAACAGAAGGAGCACAAAAUUAAUGCACCUUAGUGUUGGACUAGGGUGCUUCCUAUCCAUUCAUACUCAUUCCCAAAGCAGAUGCCCCCCAAAUGUGAAGCAAAUUUGGGUUUCAAAUGCUAAGAACACUACAUGCCAUGACACAAAGUACAAGACCCAACACCCAAGAAAGGGACACAUAGAACUAAUAGAAAUCCCAUUUACCUCUACGAAGGCUCUGAGUUUGUUUACAAUUGAAUUUUUAAAAAAUUUCAGUGAGGUUUUUACAAUACUAAAACACAGGUAAUACAUUAAUGAUUAUUUAAACAAUGAGUUUUAUAAAUGGAUAAAGGCUUCUGAAAGACAUCUGGGGUAGGAGGGCUAAUUGUAAAAGCUUGAAAUAAUUGGUAGUGAAAAAAGGUGAGAAAAAUUGACAAUCUAAUCCUGUGGUUUACAGAUGAGGGCACCGAGAGGAUAAAUAAUGUAUCCCUUAUCCCAUCAUGACUUAUUAAUAGAAUAGCCAGCAUUGGGAUUUGCUAAUUUCAUAUUUUAUAAGUUGUGGGGAAAAAAUUUGAAAAUGCCAUCAACUUCUACCAUUCAAUUUAUAGAAUAUGAGGGCCUGAAGUCCUCAGAUUAGAAACUAUUCAUCUCAAAAUUCCCUUCAAUUAUGAAAUAUUUUAAUGUUUACUUUUUUUUGGCUAGCCAGUAUGUUCCCUUGUGAUGACUUUCUUUUAGAACUAAAUAAAAUUGUAUGUCAAAAGUGGUUCUUGUUUGUUACAUUUGAUAGGAAAUAUGUACAAUUCACUGAAAGUAUAUUUUCAGUAAUUAUUUCUGAUUGAGAAUACUAUAAAUUCAGUGCAAUGUCAGUUUUUAAAAUUCCAAAUUAGGUUAGGAGACUAUUUCAGAGUUAUGAUUUCUGCAUCAAGAAAUGGACAUACAUAGACCUAGAAAGAUUUAUGUAAUAAUUAUCUUAAUAUAAAAAUAUAUUUUAAGAAUUAAUUUUAAUAUACAAAAUAUGACUUCUGUUAUAGUUUGUGUGUAUAAUUUUGUUGUGCAAGAAGAGCUACAAAUUAAAAAAAUCACUUCAGCUGAAAA